AUGUUGUCCAACAAAGUGUGUUCGGCUGCAGUGUUCAGUAAUGAAUACACUGCUUGUUGUUUGUCAUAUUCAGAUACCAACAACCAAAUUGCAUUUGUUAUGCCAAAUGAUAUCGAAAAGUUCGAAAAGGCACGAGAGGGGGAGAUCUAUGAAAUCAUGAGGUCUUUAUCUCAAAACUUCCCAGAAAAACGGUCUGUCACGUUCCCAAAAUUUUCAGUUGAAAGUAGUGUUAAUAUGGUCCAACAAUUGAGGAAACUUGGUCUGAAUUUACCAUUUUCUUGUGAUGCAAAUUUCUCGAAAAUGGCGAAGGGAAAAUUUUAUGUGUCUGAUGCAAUUCAUAAAGCCGUUGUUAAGGUCGACGAAAAUGGAACAGAGGCAACAGCAGCAACGGCUAUUGCUGCUACUUUUUGUUGUUGUGGUCCCUUUGAUGAACCAAGACCUGUUGUGAUAGAUAAACCUUUUUAUUUUUCGAUAUUGGGCAGAUAUAAGUUGCCUCUUUUCUUUGGGAAAAUUACAAACCCAAAAUAUUGA